CGAACCUCGCCAGAAUAUAAAGAUGCAACAGAGCUUUGGGAGCUUUGUACUUGCACGAAGAAUCGCAUUUCUGAAGAGUACGAGGACACAGAGACGAAGGGAAAAAUUAUGCUCAAGGCUAAAAAAGUAUCUGUGAAGCAGGAGGAUGCCGAAGAUACGUCCGAAAGUUCCACAAAUCCAGACGAAGAAUCUACACAGGUGUACGAGGAACUUUUCUCAACGGUCAUGACCGUUACAGAUCCAACGGACAACAAUCGUCCUCUGCACAGCAUGUUUCAACUGAAACCCUCCAAGAAGCUGUAUCCCGAAUAUUACGAAGUCAUCGACACGCCCAUCGACUUGAAGAUGAUUGCCAAGAAGAUACUGGACGGAGCAUAUGGUUCUAUUGGUGACAUGGAGCGGGACUUGAUGCUCAUGUGCCGCAACGCUUGUCAGUUCAAUGAACCUGGUUCGCAGAUUUACAAGGACGCGAAGCUCCUAAAGAAAAUUAUUACUGUCGCAGCCAAGAAACAAGACGGAGGAAUGAGUGCCGCAGUCAGCAAGUCCUUGGCGAAUGCUCCAUCGACCAGGAGCAAAAGGGGAACUCGAAGUGGGGCGCAGUCUCUCCUCACGCAAACGGCAGCCCUCCCAGACGAGGACGACGAAAGCGACGACGAGGAGGAAGAGGGUGCUGAAAACGACGAGUCUGACAAUCCGCAGUGGCAGCUAUUCCAGACUAUUCGAACUGCUCCGAAUAAUCAGGGUGUUCGGAUGAGUGAAUAUUUUUGGAAGCUCCCUUCUAAACGCCUCUAUCCUGAUUAUUAUAGAAUGAUAAAAAAUCCAAUUUCUUUAUUGCAAAUUCGAACGAAAAUCAAGAAAGGGGGAUACGGAACUGUCAGUGAAGUUGCAGGCGAUAUGAAUAUAAUGUUUGAAAAUGCAAAAAAAUAUAACGUUCAUACUUCUAGAUUAUACAAGUGCGCCGUCAAAUUACAAAAGAUCAUGCAGGAAAAAGUGCAAGAAUUACUAGAAUUCGAUCGGGAAUCGGAAUCUGAAAGUGAAACCGAGUGCAACCAACAGCCGAAACUGAUAAAACGCGCUUCAAAUGUUUUGACUCGAGGAAAGUACACCGACAAUAUACCACUGAAGAAGAGACUUUACGCUCUCGUUAAAUGCGUAGUGGAAUAUGUUUAUGAGGAUGGAAGGCAACCAAUGCUUCUCUUCAUGGAGAAACCAUCAAAGAAAUUGUACCCUGAUUAUUAUCAAGUCAUAACCGAACCAAUUGACAUGUUGGCCAUUGAGGCGAACAUUAAGGCCGAGAAAUAUCAAACUGAGAAUGAACUGAUACAAGAUUUCAAGCUCAUGUUCAGCAACUGUCGUCAAUACAAUGAAGAAGGGUCAUUAAUCUACGAGGACGCGAAUACAUUGGAGAGAAUUUUAAUGGAAAAGGUUAAGGAGUUGGGUCCCUUGCCGGACGUCAAGAACAAAUCGAGUGCAUCAACUCCAACGAGAAAUGUGGGUUCUAUUUUUAAACGAAAUAUUAAUUUUGCAAUGUUCAGAAGACCGAAAAAGGUGGUGUCGCUUCGCAUUCAAAAGUUGCGCACAAUGUAUGACACGAUCAAAGAUUAUCACGACUCCAAAGGUAGACAAUUGUCCCUGAUAUUCAUGAAACUGCCCAACAAAAACGAAUAUCCCGAUUAUUAUGAGGUAAUUAAGCAGCCCAUGAAUAUGGAGAAGAUUGCUGCGACACUCAAGAAUCACGGUUAUGAGAGUCUGGAGGAGCUUGUCUCUGAUUUUAUUCUAAUGUUCGACAAUGCCUGCAAGUACAAUGAGCCAGAUUCGCAGAUUUACAAGGAUGCCUUAAUUCUGCAACGUUUGGUUUUACAAACGAAAUUACAACUGAGUGAGGAUGAAGAGAGUGUUCCUGAUGUGGCAGCCGCCGUGCAAGAAAUACUCGCCACGAUAUUCACCGCCCUUUACAACCAUCAAGAUGAAGAAGGCAGAUGCUACUCGGAUUCAAUGGCAGAACUUCCGGAGCACGACAUUGUCGAUGGAAAAAAAAUUCGUGGCUUGUCAUUGGAUUUGAUAAAAAGGAGACUGGACAAGGGCGUGUACAAGAGGCUAGAUCGAUUUCAAGAAGACGUCUUCACGUGCCUGGAGAGAGCGCGAAAAUUGUCGCGCACCGAUUCGCAGCCCUUUGAGGACAGCGUCGAACUGCAGGCGUUUUUCCUGCGCACCAGGGACGACGUGACUCGCAGUGGAGACCUGCUGCACUCGCCCGCUCUGAAUUACACACUCCUCGACCUCUCGGCCCAGGUCGCCGAUCUCAAGCGGAUCAAGUUGGAGCAGGAGAUUGCCUUGCCGGCAGAAGACGAGAGUUGCGACGGAAACGACAAGGAGUCCGAGUCAAACUCGAGCACGGGAGCGAGCAACGGCGACGGGGCGACAAUGAGCUUCAACCAAGAAGUUUAUAGAGCCGGAGACUUUGCUUACGUGGAGCCUAGCGAGCGGGGAAUGGAGUUCAGCGUGGUGAUGAUUGAAAGGCUCUGGACCAACUCCUCAAAUGAGCAAAUGCUGUACGGGAACCUCUUCUACAGACCGAGCGAAACUUAUCACAUUGCGUCUAGGAAAUUCCUCGACAAGGAAUUGUUCAAGAGCGACGUGCACAUUGCAGUGCCUCUUGUCAAGGUCGCUGGCAGGUGUUGCGUGCUCAGCGUCAAGGACUACUUCCGAAUGCUGCCAGAAGGCUUCGCUGAAAAGGACGUUUAUGUUUGCGAGUCGAGGUAUUCGACGAAAGCCAGGUCGUUCAAGAAAAUCAAGAACUGGAAUUUUGAUCCAGACCGCUUGAAGCUUGUAGCUCGAGAGAAAAUAAUUGAGCCGAAGAGAGUGAUCUCUGUGUACAAAGAGAGGCUCGAGAAGCAUAAAGAGGAGAUUGCCGAAUUGGAGGAGGGCGAGAAGCUUAUUGAAAAAGAGAGACCGAAUGUGAUACACUUCAAUGCAGACGACUCGGACAGUACGUACUACGAGCAAUACAAUACCUGCGUUGGAUCUGUGAAAACCGGGGACUUUGUUUACGUGGCGACUGAAGGUGGUCGGCAGCAAAUUUCUCAAAUUGACUCCAUUUGGUCGACAAAAGAGGGGAAAUGCUACAUGAAAGGGCCGUGGCUUUUAACACCGUCGGAAAUACCUCACGCACCCACUAAGCUGUUUUACAAGCAAGAACUGUUUCUAUCCACGAUUGACGGUACUCAUCCCGUCGUGGCUAUCGUGGGAAAAUGCGCAGUUCUCGAUUACGGAGAAUACGUCUGCAGUCGGCCGACAGAAAUUCCAGAAGACGACAUUUUCAUUUGCGAAUCCACUUAUGACGAAACGAAAAACCUGAUGAGGAAACUGAACGUGGACGGUUUGAAAAAAUACAACCACAGUUCGACAGUCACAGACGACGAGAUUUAUUUCUUCCGCAAACCCAUAAAUCCUGCCAAGGUAUCUAGUGAAGUGGCCCAAAUGCAAAGUCAAAUCAAACCUCUCAGUGCCUCGGGGUCUUUCGAUAUGGAUUCUUCACCAAUAAUACCGAAGCUGGAACCCGAUGUCCUAAGCAUGGGAGUAGGAUUAGGAGUAGGAGUCGGGGAAGACAGCAUGGAUGCGGGUGGUCCUCCGUCCGUUGGAUCUAUGGAAGCUCAACCGGUGCUCUCCAACACUCAAACGCCCGUUUCCACCAAAAAGAAAUCCACCGGUAAGAAAUUAGUUACGGGAUAUAUUUUGUAUUCGAGUAAACAUCGCACGCCGAUUACGCAAAAUAAUCCUGAUUCCACCUUUGGGGAGAUUAGCAGAAUUGUUGGUAACGAGUGGAGAAAAUUGCCGGCGGGUGAGAAACAAACGUGGGAAGAAAAGGCCAUCAAGAUGAACGAAGAAAUUGGCCAAGUAAAGGGUAAUUCUGUGCCGGUUUCAGGACAAGAUCACGUUUUCGAAUGUUGCUGGGACACGUGUGACUUUCAAUUUGAGGAUAUGACAGACUGCAUUGAUCAUUGCAUCGCCGAGCAAUCUGGUCACGUGCAAACCACAUUUUCCAAUCUCAGUGGCGAAGAAAAUGUGAUAUUUCAAUGUCAAUGGCGAGGCUGUGGAAGAACAAAGAAAUCAGUGCCGCCUUUUCCGAGUGUGCAAAGACUUGCCAGACACGUCAAGGAAGUUCACAUUCUCAAGUCCAAUGGACGAACUAUCCCACCCGCCGAUCGAAGCAAAAAUUUUAUCGCCUCAUCGAAAGGAGUCGCCGGAAUGGCUCCGAUGGAAACCGGUGAGUUGCGUGGCGUAAACCACAAAAUACGAUUACCCAAAGAAACUACUGUGGCUGCAACCCAGACCAACAAUCUUCCAACCACGAAGCAACCGGAACCACUUUUCAUUGCCGUUCCUCCCAGGCCGAGUCGACUUUUGCAUUCGGACGCGUAUCUUAGGUAUAUCGAGGGCUUGAACGUCGAGAAUCGCUACAUAUCAAACUGGGACAAGCAAAUGAGCGCAACACCAGAGAACACUCAGAUACCUGAAAUAACGAAACUGCCGGGAGAGUGGCUGGGCAACGGAGUGGGCAACCAUGGAAAUGUUGUCAACGCCUUAUGGACCCUGAGGAACAUGAUGAUGCGCGACGUGUUGGCUAUUAACAAAACUUUGUAGUUGACUGGAAAAAUCGAGCUGUAUAAAAUAAUUUCUCAUCUUUGACAAGACUCUUUGGGGAAAUGUUGGCGUUAGUCCGCGACUCAAGACUGAUGUGUAUUUAUAUUUUAAUAUUUCAGGAUCUGAGCUCGAUUUUUAAAGCAGGGAAUGCAUUUUUUUUCUUUACGUUUCUCAAGUGCACAUAAACAUUAUAUGACCCUCAGGUACAGUCCAAUUGAUGAUUGAUUACAUUAUCAACUUAAUGUACAUGUACAUCGAAGCUGCUAAAUAUGUGUAAAAUAUUUUGUCUCAAUCUGUGAAAUAUUGUCAAAGAAAAAAGAUAUUGCUACUUUAUAUGCUAAAAAUAAUUGUGAGUCCUUAGAAAUUUAUUGAUUCUCAAAAUGUCUUACUAUUAGGAAACAUAUUUUACCAACUUUUUUUAUCUCUCAAACUUUCCUAUUUGUAGAAUGAAUAAUUAAACAGUUUGAAAUGACUUGCAUUUUAUUUUUUAAAGUUGAUUUGUAAAAAUUGACAAAUAGCAGCAACAACAACAGCAGUGCUAUAUUGGUACAUUUUUCUUUUCAUUUUGAAGAGCAACAUUUCUAUGGGAUGAGUAGUUAGCAAUAAUUUCUUUGUAUUUUAAAUACAACAAAUUUCUAUCAUUGAGAAAA